AUGAGUACAUCUAGUUCAACAGUCGGGGGCGACGCAACGCCUACGCAUUCAACGACGACAGAUGACCUCCUCAGUGACUACCACACGACACCCCCGCUCCCACGACGUAAAGAAACAGUACCGUGGCCAGGCCACACUUUUAUCAUACGCGAACCCAUUUCAGGGAAGCAGAUUACCCUUGUCCGCGGAGAGCUCCGGCUCGAGCCGCACAUGGGUGAUCAGGGUGGCUACCAUUGGAUCUGCGUCGAGAAGAAUGGAUGGCUAGGGUUCUGCGAUCCUAUACACAAUAUGUUCAUGGGCCAUGAUAGCCUCGGUACCUUCAUCGCCCGAGUUAGACAUCAUCAAGCCCACGAGUACUUCAGCACUCAAAGGCACCCGGAUGGUGGCUAUCUCCUUGUGACACAUUAUAAAGAUCGGUUAUGGAAAAUGGUAAUCGCGGAAGACGGCCAGAAAUUAUUUACUACGAAGGGUGAGGGUACUGCUUGGGAGUUUAUUAAGGUCUAG